ACUCCGCCCGCCACAUCACUAGCAUGGCGGAACACGUAGCAGGAAUUCCGCCUAUGCGCCCGUGACAGCGUCGUCGACGAGGUAACGCCGGUGAUGACCGCCUGCUCGCGGCACAGAUCGGCGGCCCUGCGACCAUCGGCGACGCCCGGCGUCCACUGAGCAGCUGGGACAGCUCGGCGGCGGCGUCUCCUCCGGAGCACAGCUGCCCGGACGUGUGUCACUCUUGGCAGGCGGCGGAUGACGUCCAGGACUUGCGCCGAUGCUCUGAGUUGGACCGGUGCCUUUCCUCCACUUUGGACCCCCUAAGAGUCGCUCACCGUCGCCGAACAGGUGCAGAGCAGCACCAUGGAGGCGUUGGGCCUGCUGCAGUUGGACGAUCUGGCGCAUGGACUGGCCAGCUUGUCGAUGUUCCCGUACUUUGACAUGGCGCACUACGUGGUGUCGGUCAUGGCGCUGAGGGAGCAGCCAGGGGCCCUGGAGGUGUCCCGCACCAGCCCGCUGGCCUGCUGGUUCAGCUCCAUGCUCUACUGUUUCGGGGGGGCCGUGCUGUCGGGCAUCAUGCUGGCCGAGCCGCCCGUCGCACCUCUGACCAACAGCACCAGUGUCCUGCUGGCGUCCGUCAUCUGGUACCUGGUGUUCUACUGCCCCAUGGACCUGGUGUACUGCUGCGCCGCCCCGUUGCCUCCCCGGCUGCUGCUCUCGGGGAUGAAAGAGGUGACCCGGACGUGGAAGGUGCUCGGGGGGGUCACCCAGGCCCACGGCAAAUACAAGGACAGUCUGCUGGUCAUGAUCGCCGUCGGCUGGGCCCGAGGUGCUGGAGGUGGGCUGAUCAGUAAUUUUGAGCAGCUGGUUCGAGGUGUGUGGAAACCAGAGACUAAUGAGCUCCUCAAAAUGUCUUAUCCCACCAAGAUCACCCUGAUUGGGGCGGUGCUGUUUGCGCUGCAGCAGACCCACUACCUGCCCCUCCAGAAGCACCACCUGAUGCUCAUCUACACCAUCUUCAUUGUCGGCAACAAGUCGAGGAUGAUGCUGACGGGCUCCUCCACGUCGCCAUUCAGCACCAUCGAGGCGGCCGUCUACAAGACCCUCUUCACCGGCCCCUCCCCUUACGCCGCGCUGACCGGCGCCUCCGGGUCCAAGGAACCCGCGCCGGCCUCUCCCGUCGGGGGCCAGAACGGGUCGCCUCCAGCCAAACAGGAGUCCGAGACGUGCAAGAAAACCGACUAGUCGGCACCUUCUCGCCUCCUGCACGGGGGGUGGAGUCAUUUCUGAUGCGCAUUUUUCACAGCAGUUUGUGUUUUAGUUGUUUAUUAACGCCUUCUUUACUGAACCUGUGUUUAGAUUUUCUAAAGUUUCUUCGAAUGCAGUUCAAAGCAUGCAGAAAAGGAGCUGACUCCAGCCAAGCCUGCAACCUGGAUAAUCACCGCAUCCUUAAAGUACUGUGAUAUUAUGCUCCUGGAUCUCAUCCUCUGGCUGAUAACACACUUGCAGUACAAUAUGUAGCCUGAGUAUAUAUUUAUAUGAAAAUAAUCACAAUCGUGUCUCUGGGUUUCGGGAACAGUGCUGUGCACCUGCUGAUCUAUGAAUGCCUUUCUUUCUGUAUAUAUUCGGCUCUCUGUAAAUGCUAUAUUUCCUACUUUGAAAUAAUUAUAGAAUUUUUAAAAAGAGAUUAUAUUUUAUGACACUCAAAUGUUUAGUUGUAUUUAUACUAAUUCAUUCCAAUGUUGAAUUUAAAGCAUUUAAAAUGGAA